AUGCCAUCUCAAAAAUCUUUUAAGACCAAGCAAAAGUUGGCCAAGGCCCAAAAGCAAAACAGACCAUUACCUCAAUGGAUCAGAUUGAAGACUGAUAACACCAUCAGAUACAACGCCAAGAGAAGACACUGGAGAAGAACCAAGUUGGGUAUCUAA